GGUUCGUCGACGCAUCAAAAAGCCGACGAGGGGUAUACCUGUAUGUACUACUAUUGAACUACCAUAAUGGCAGUCACAUAGUUACCUAGGGGUAUGCGCAAGGGGUCCAAGAUGCCUAUUAGUUACCUUCCUCUAAUGUCAUCAACCCAUCAAUCUUAAAUUGAUUCUAAAAAAAGUGAAGUCCACUCCACUUGGCCCACCGACUAUUCUAACCUACUACGUACUUAACCUAGGUAACCAUCAUCAUAUCGUUCUUGGGAGAUAGUUAAAGCAUAUCUUGUUAUUUCAAAUUCAAAUUCUUCAAUGUUUUCUCUCGUUUCACCCUCUCCUUCAUCUCUGCCUUCAUCUUUGAUUGAAUUAGCCAUCUACUAGUUAACCAUUCCUUUCUCAUUGCUCUUUGGACUCACUCGUCCAGAACAGAUUCUAUAGCAAACUUGAAUGUUGCUGUUCUGUUCUUGCUUGACUUUCCGUUGAUUACCUGAUAGCUGUAGAACCGUAUAUAUACCAAUUAUAUGAUGCUUCUUGCUAUUCCUGCUACUCCCGCUAUCUAGUAACCUCUUUAUCAAGGUAGCUUGUGAGGUGCCGUCUAAUCUUGGCUCAUCUUAUCAUUCCAUGAAUUCCACCUAUAUCUACAAACUUAUCGUUGGACGAAAUUAACUACGUGAGUGAGUUGACAACAAUGCCCAUUCCUUUGGCUGUGGCUUUGCCAGCCGCCGCUGCCGGACUUUCCUAUCUUAGUGCCAGGACGGGAUUCUCGUACGACCUAACUCUGCUGCGAGGCACCGUCCCAGCUUUCUACCGUAAUAUCCGUCGCGAGCGACAAGAUCGCUGCAGUACGUUUUACGUGUUAGAGCAAGCAGCGACGAAUAAGUCAUCCAAGGAUCGGACGUUCAUUCUCUUCGAGGACAAGGCGUGGACUUUUGCCCAGGUCUACGAGAUAGCGCUUAAGUACGGAAAUUGGUUCAAGACUAAAUUUAGUAUCAAGCCUAAAGAUGUCGUCGCCGUGGAUUUUCAAAAUUCGGACCACUUUCUGUUUAUUUGCUAUGGCCUGUGGUCUAUUGGGGCUAAACCUGCCUUCAUCAACUACAACUUGACCGACCAAGCUUUGAUCCACUGUGUUACUACCGCACAAUCAGUGCUGUUGCUAGUUGACCCAGAAGUUGCUGCAAAUGUGAACGAUGCAGUCCGCGAGAAGUUAGGAGACCUACGAAUCGAGCUACUGACGGAUGAGUUGGUCGCCGAGGUAUUGGCGACUGAACCAGUGCGGCCACCAGAUUCCCUCCGCAGUGGACAACUGGGCAGGGAUAUAGGUAUUCUCAUUUAUACGUCCGGCACAACAGGGUUGCCAAAAGCCGCCAUUGUUUCAUGGAGCAAGCUGACGUUGGCCGGCUUGUUUGUCACCGGCUGGCUAGGGACUAAACCGUCCGACAUAUUCUAUACGUGUAUGCCCCUUUACCACAGCUCGGCUACUAUCAUGGGAAUGUCCCACUGUUUGGAAGCAGGCUGCACUUUUGCUGUUGGCAAAAAGUUCUCGACGAAGACUUUCUGGAAGGAAGCUCGUCAGCACAACGCAACUAUGAUCCAGUACGUCGGCGAGACAUGCCGAUACUUACUAGCGGCACCGCCCCAGAUUGAUCCAGUCACGGGAGAGAAUUUGGAUAAGAAACACAAAGUCCGCCUCGCGUUUGGUAAUGGUCUGAGGCCGGACAUCUGGGAUAAGUUUAGAGAACGAUUUGGCGUCGAGAGCAUCGCCGAAUUCUAUGGGUCGACAGAAGGCACAUUAGCUACGUGGAACCAUACCCGAAACGAGUUCGCGAGUGGUGCCAUUGGUCGUGUUGGUUUCUUGUACUCGGCAAUCGCCAAGUGGAAAACUGCUAUCGUGGAACUAGAUCUCGAGACCGACACGCCAUGGCGCGACCCGAAGACUGGGCUCUGUCGACAGGUCAAAUCCGGUAGCGUAGGUGAGCUACUGUUUACACUAUCAACGGCAGACAUGCAGAAGGAAUUCCAGGGGUAUUAUAAUAACAGUGCGGCAACGGAGAGUAAGAUCAUCCGCGACGUGUUUAAAAAGGGUGAUGGGUACUUUCGAUCGGGCGACUUAGUCAGCUGGGAUCAUGAGGGACGCAUGUAUUUCCACGACCGCAUCGGCGACACGUUCCGUUGGAAGGGUGAAAAUGUAGCUACCACUGAGGUCAGCGAGGCGAUUUCCCUACACCCGGCUGUGCAGGAAGCCAAUGUGUACGGCGUGCAGUUACCGAAUCACGACGGUAGGGCGGGGUGCGCCGCGCUUCUGCUUCGAGAGGGUGGUCCUGACGAUGCGCUACUAAAAUCUCUGGCCGAGUUUACCAGGAGUAAACUUCCAAAGUACGCCGUGCCGAUUUUCCUAAGGAUUGGUGAGGGCAUCACAUCGGCAGUUACCGGCACGAACAAACAACAGAAGCACGAACUCCGAGUCCAAGGCGUGGACCCUUCGCUAGUUGGCAGUGACAAAUUGCUCUGGCUUAAGAAUGGGACGUACGUUCCGUUCGAGAAGAGUGAUUGGGAUAGACUGAGUGCUGGGAAGGUAAAACUCUGAGCUGCUAGAUUUCACGAGGAUGUAUAUUGCGGAGAUCAGAUGAAGCAUAUGGGGCUAGAUAUAUACUAUUUUGACGCUUGAUGAUAUAUCCCGUCUCAUAGCGAGGCUGCAUGGUGUUGGCUUCUUAGGUAUAGAUGCAUCGAUGUUUGUAUUAUGCGGCUAUACAUGCACAUACAUAGCAAUACCGGCAUUCAAUAUAAGGUUCCUAUACCUUGGUAUGCAUGUGUAACAUUGAACUAUUUGCAUGUGAGCUUAUUUCCAAUACAAUGGAUAUUACACCAUUAGUGAUUGGUGAACUUUA